GGAGGACCCCCCCUCCCAGUCCCAGUAGGAGAAGCUAGCUCUGAGGACCUGCAGGACUACACUACUUCCCUGCACCCUCCCACGGGAGAACAAGGUCAUGAUGAGGACAUGAACAACAACAACAAUAGCUGCAGCAGCAUGGAUCAGCGUUUCCUCCUCCACAACCACAACCACAACCACAACCAAUCCAUGUCAUCAUCACCAUCGGGUUUGGAGAAGCUGAUGAGCUUCGCCGACGUCAUGCAGUUGGCGGAUUUCGGGCGCCCCAAGCUGCCCGUCAACCACCACUACCAAGACAAGGAGGCGGCGCCGGCGGCCGGGACUGACAUGGAGGAUCCCGUCUACUUCCUCAAGUUCCCGGUUCUCAAAGACCGGAUAAUUACCAACACUAAUCACAUCGAACAACAAGAAGAAGAAGUCGAUGAAAGUCGUCAACAGCAACAACUAAUGAUGAAGAUGAUGUCGUCGUCUUCGUCAGAAGCUCCUCCUCAGAUGAUAAGGUUUGAUGGCGAUACGACUAGGGUUUGGGGUAGCAACAAGGCCGAGGCGUCGGAGGGGCAGCUGCUGCAGUUCGUUAAUAAUGAUCAACAAGCGGGUGGUACAAUAAGUAGUGUUCCGGAAGGAGCAGCGGCGGCGGCGAAGAACAACAACAACAACAACAAGAGGAAGCGGGCGCCGAGGAGUAUAAAGACGAGCGAGGAGGUGGAGAGCCAGCGCAUGACUCACAUCGCCGUGGAGAGGAACCGCCGGAAGCAGAUGAACGAGCACCUCCGAGUCCUCCGCUCCCUCAUGCCCGGUUCCUACGUCCAACGGGGAGAUCAAGCGUCGAUAAUUGGAGGAGCAAUAGAGUUCGUGAGGGAACUGGAGCAGCUCCUGCAGUGCUUGGAAUCACAGAAGAGGAGGAGGCUGUACGGGGAAGGAGCAGGACCAGCUGCUGCUGCUGCUGCUGCUGCGAAUAUCGGAGCUGACAGCAACCAACUGCAAGUCCAGCUCCAGCACCAGCCAUCAUCACCCAGCUUCUUUCCUUCCACACAUGGUCAUGACGACGACGAUGAGGCCGCGGCCGCGUUGGUGUGCUUCGACCCUUCCUCCUCGGGAUUUGUAGUGAGGGAGGAGACGGCGGAGAACAAGUCGUGCUUGGCUGACGUGGAGGUGAAGGUGUUGGGGUUGGACGCCAUGAUUAAGGUGCUGUCCAGGAGGCGGCCCGGCCAGCUGAUCAAGGCGAUUGCGGCGUUGGAGGAUCUGCACCUCAACAUCCUCCACACCAACAUCACCACCAUCGAGCAAACGGUGCUCUAUUCCUUCAAUGUCAAGGUUGAAAGUGAGGUGAGGUUCACGGCGGAAGAGAUAGCGAGCUCUGUGCAGCACAUAUUUACUUUCAUUCACGCCAACACCACUACCUCUACCUCUCGCUCUAGCAUGUGAUUGAUCCAUCAUGACGCGCCGCCCCGUGUCUGACUACCUACACAUGCAAUAUCUCUCAAGUUUUUUUUUUUUUUUUUCUGAAUUAAGGACAUGAUUCAUAUAUUUGAUAUAUAUAUCGACAUCUUAUACAUACAGAACGAAACAAAAAUAUAUAUUGUGAUAAUUUAUAGAUAGUUGAAUUUCUUUUUAUGGGGGAUUGAAUCGAUG